CGGCCUUUCUGCGAAAAGAGACCCGGAGACCGUGAAUCCGCCCAACAGAGUACCUCGACCAAAAAUCCCUUAGCUCCAGGAAGAGAUACUCGGAAAUUUAGAAGAGGUACUGGGUCUGUUCCACCUGCCGCUCCAGUCCGCACGCUCCCAGGCGCUUGCUCAGGCUUUGGGCAUGAUGGGAAAACUCGGCGGAUUUUGUUAUUCCCUGUAGAGAGAGUGCCGCGGGCGGAGCUGUCUGAGCAUCUCCUGUGAUUCGAGCUGGGGGUUGGGGUACCCACGUCAACGCGCCCCAGAGACCGGAGAAAUCUGCUUCCCGGGCUCCAGGACUGAAUGCCUCGACGUGUCCCCGGGGGCAGAGACGCCCGGGGCGUUCGAGCAGAAUGCAGGGUGGGGAAACCGAAGAGAAAGCACAGAGGGGUCGAAGACAGGAGGACCCGGUAGAAUGUAUGUAUGGUGGGGGGCCGUGCGGAAUGCCAACCGUGCGGAGAGUACAAACCAUCCCAAACUUUCGCAGAUCCUAGGGUCUAGGAGGGGGAGAGCCAGCCAGUAGCAACACUCGCUCCUGCUGCCCAGCCUACCCAGCUGCAGCGAGGAGGGGCCGCGCGCAGCGCGCGCUGGACGCUGGCGGUCCCCACGUCGCGCCCACCCGCGGGGCCAAAGCGACGCCGCUCCGGGCACUGAGCUGCCGCCCACGGAAGCAGCCAGAUCUCAAGUCUCUGGCUCGCGCGCGGACUGGGAGGAAGCGGGAUUCUACGCGGACUGGAAAAGAAGGGAACUUGACCUCACAGCCUCGCCCAGCCAGGUGGGACGGACAGUACUUGCCCUUGGGCAGCCCGCGGGCGUGCAGCCUGGAGUCAGGGAGGCUGGGGACGACCUGAGCGCAAAGAUUUCCACGGGCUAGAGAAACCGGAUUAAAGAGAAUUGUGAAGAGCAAUCCAAGCAGCCGCUGGAGCGCGGCAGUUUAGAAGACACCCCCUCCCCAUUAGGAGGACGACAGUGACACGCACUCGCUAAGACGAGGCGCUCGAGGGCUGCCGCGGGUCUGAGCCGGAGCCUCCUCCCCAGUGUGGGGCGUGCGUUCAGACGCCGACAGCGGCGACCAGAAAGCGAGAUGUGCGGUGCAGCCCCGGGACUGCCCCGGCUGGGGAAACUCCGGGGUGGCACCGCGCACCACUGACCCAUUGCGGGUCCGAGGGGUGUGCCGCGCCCCGCCCGCCUCCGCCCCCCUCUCGCGUCCGCCGCGCGCCCCUCCCCGCGGCGGCGGCAGCGGCGCUUCCAGGGGCGGCGCGGAGCGGCUCGCCCAGCCGCCAGUGCCUGCGAGCUCCAGGCUGCUUGGGGAAUUCACUCCGCCGCUUUUACGCUUCUCCGUCUUCAGGAUUCUUCUGAUGGCUCUGUGUCUUGGGCUCUAUCCUUUCUUUUAAAAGGAAAACUUUACUGCCAUUUCGCUUUUCCCCUUGGGGGAGAGGAUUAAAAGUUCCGAGAACCGAAGCCGCGGGUCCGGCUCCGGCGCUGGGCGGCGAGCGCCGGCGGGGCUGUAGUCCCACCAUGUGCACCAACAUAGUUUACGAGUGGCUGCGAGCGCUGCAGCUCCCGCAGUACGCGGAGUCCUUCGUGGACAACGGCUACGAUGACCUGGAGGUGUGCAAGCAGAUCGGGGACCCUGACCUGGACGCCAUCGGGGUGCUGGCGCCCGCACACCGCCGCCGCAUCCUGGAAGCCGUGCGCCGGCUGCGCGAGCAAGACGCCGCCGCCGCCGGCCUCUACUUCACUCUGGAGCCGCAGCCUCAGCCCGCGCCGCCCGGACCGCCCGCGGUCCCCCGCCCCACCGGCCGCCGGGGGGAGCCGUGCGGCGGCCCGGCCCAGGGCACCCGCGGGGUCCCCUGCAGCCAGACGACCUCCCCGCACAGCAGGGAGCUGGUGAGCUACCCCAAGCUGAAGCUGAAGAUCAUGAUCAGGGACAAGCUCGUCCGCGACAGCAUCCACCUGAGCAAACCCCCGUACUCCCGCAAGGUCCCCCUGGCUGGCAUCCUAGCGUACUUAAUGAAUUGGCCGAAGUCAUCACAGAACCGCUAGAUAUCAUUUUUGAGAACCCGUGGAGGACUGGUGAGGUGCCUGAAGACUGGAAAAGGGCAUAUUUAGGACCUUCUUUCAAAAAGGGAAAUGGAUGGUGAUGCUGGAAAUACUCAUCAACUUAACCUUUUGCUUGGAAAAAUUCUGGAAUAAUCAGUCUGCUGGGUAACUAACUUAUGAGAGCUAGAAACGAGGCAGUGACAUUACACGUUAACAAGUACUGGGUUCAUUUUUAAAGGAUACACCAUUGUGAGAUACAGUCUUAGGCAUAUUUUGGGAUUCUUCCCUCUAUUCUAUGAGUUCUUGAGGAAAAUAAAUGAGGUUAGCUAAGGUUUGGGGGUUUAAUGAAUUUUAAGUAUAAUAUCAGACAAACAGCCGGUUUCUGGCAUUAGCUAGUAAUUACAUUAUUUUUAAAUUAACCUUUAACUUGAUAAGAGUAGCUUUAAUUUUGUUUUUCAACCUGUUUUUUUUUCACUUUAUAUGGGACUGUGUUUUCAUAGGUUGAGAUAGUUUAUAUAAUUUUAUAUUGAAUAGUUUGGUGAGGGAAUUCUUAUUUUAAGGUACUUUAUAUAGUCAUUUCAUAUAUAGAUCCAUUUAUAAAGCUAGCACAUUAAGGAACAUGACCAAAGGAAGCCAUUUUUUUUCGAGCUUUUCUUUUUAAAUUGGUUCUGGCUGAAGUUUGGUGUUAGGACCAAUCAGACUGCCUUGUGCUGAUACACACUGCGAAGGCGUCAGCUCUGGCUCUUGGGGCCGGUUCUCCUCACCACGGGCAUUGCCAGGCUGGUGCAGAGCCUCACCCCACCUCGCUCUUGGCAUCUGGCUUCAGGUCCGUGGGGGCAGGGAGGUGGGCAGUGGCAGUGAGCUUUCAGGUGGCCGCAGCUGACCUGAGAGAUACAAACACUUUUCUUAAACAUUGUUACACAUUGCCUCUGUAGUGACUCAUGGUAAGCCGUAACAUCUAAGCCGGUCAUGACCUUGAACCUGUACACCCCAUAGAUGUAACAAUAAUUAAGAAAAGAGUCUGUUUGUAUCUCUCAGGUCACUCGCCGUCUCUGCCGGGUUAAGAACCCCAUCUAACCACAUCAAAAAGGAGAGCAGAAUGAGGUGGAAGGAGGAACUUAAGAUGACUGUGGAGUUUUUCUGAUUCCUAUUGUUCUUGCCUUUGGCUACUGGCAGUUUUAUUUUCUGCUGGGAAAAAGCAACCGUGUGGAUGGGACUAAAAAUUGAGUUACAAGGAGAUUAUCAGAAGAGAUACGAGAUAGGCAACAAGCUCCGGAGUCAGGCAGCUUCUGAGAGUAGCUAUCUGAGCGGUGUCGUAUCGCAGAAUCUUUCCUGUGCUGCGAAGUGCGUGAGAGAUGGAAGUUUGCCGCAGUGCCGUGAAGCCCGAGAGCUGGGAACACCCAAAAGGAAAGACAUCUAUAUGCAUUUCUUCCUGGUGCUUGCUGGUCCCUGGGGAGGGGGAGGCAGGUCAGGUCUCCAAGGGCAAUUUGAUUACAACGCUGCCUUAAAAAUCCAAAAUGUAUAGGGUUCAGCUACUUCUAGAGAUUAAUUUAGAUACUAGAUAAACUCAGUCUCAUUCCUAAUGUAAAUGCAAGGAAAUUAAGCUCUAAAAGCAUGUACAUGUUGUCCUUUAAAUAUACAUAGCUUGCAGUUUUGUAAGGAUUAUCCUCCAAUUAAACUUUAACUUUUCUGGUGAUCUAGAGUCUUUAAAAUUAGCCAGCCAUAUUUUUUUUCAGGAGUGGGGGAGGGUCUGUAUAGAUUACAGAUAUAAUUUGUUAUGAUAAUAAAUGAGUUCCUGUUAGAGACCUCAUUUCCAGGUGCGGCUUCUGUGGCAGAUGUAUUUCACAGAUGUACACGUACAUGCCUUUGCCGAACUGUUGCUAGCAGCGACCCCGCUUCUGAAAAAUCUAUUACUGUCACUGUGGGCAUUAGGAUGCAGUCUAAUGCAAUCAGGAUGAAGUAAGAGCUAGACUAUAAGAGAAAAGCAUAGUCUUGCCGUGAAUUGUAUCUUGGCGAUAAUUACUCUUAAAAAGAGUAAUUUUUUCAGUGUCUUUUCUUUUAUCAAGCAUUCAUGAUAUUCUUAAUUUUUUAAUGUAAAGGAAGUAGUCCAAGGACAAAUACAUUAUCAAAACUAGAGGAUUAUCUUGAUAUGUUUUUCCUAGAACAUCAGAGAGAUUGAUUACAAAUGUUUACUUCCUAAUAUUGAAGAAUUUGGAGGGUUAUAGCAAAAUUUGCUUCAAAUUCAUUUUAAAAGAAUGUUUGUGGGAGUGAGAAAAAAGAUUUUAUUUCCAGAAAAUAUUUCUUGGCAUAGGGAAUGCAUAGCCACCAAAGAACUUUCUUUACAUCCACAUAGAAUAGUUUCUGUUCUUUAUCCACACACUCAAGCAGUUUCUAACACCUUGGUGUUGCAAAGUCAACAACAAAACAAUAAGAAUUGAAUUUUUAAUUUGGAGUUUGACAGAUCUUAGGUCAAAGUAAUACCUCCUACCAUUCUUAAGAGGCUUAGGAGUUCUGUAUCCUACACCCACACAGUUCUUGGCCCAGUGCAUGCACAUAGUAGGUGCUCAGUGUCUCUCUCUCUUUCCUUCUUGACUGUCAGUUACCAUCUUUACUUUUUCCAAAGAUUACCUGAAAAUUGACAAGAAAACUCAAGCAUAAACUGCCACGUUCUUAUGCUGCCUUAAGCCCCCUGAAUAAGGCCCCCCCUCCUUGCUUUCUUUGAGGAAGGAGAAGAGGAAAAGUUACAGUGGCUGCUCACGGUGGCCAUUGAGUGCAUGUGUACUGACUGAGCGCAAGCGUGGGCGAAUUUGUGAGGCCAGCACUUGCCCAGUCUGGGAAUCGUCACACAGGCACGUGUGAAAAUGCUUCUCUAAUUGUCCUCUUUUAUAAAGGCUUUAGAUUCAUAAGUUUGAUGUGCAAAUUAGUGAGUGGCAUAUGUGCAUUUUCCUGUGGUUUGUGUGACUUGACUUCCAAACGAGGAAUGCAAAGGGGCCUUCCCCCAAAGCUGCUUCUGGGGUCAAGUCAGCCAGGGUACGAAGCAGGUGCCUGUGAACCAGCAAACCGUUGUCUGCGAGGGGAAACCAGGUGUGCCCGGGACUGGGGGCACCUGCUGGAAAACCGAGACUGUCCUCAGGAGUGUUGUAAACAGGUCCCUUGCCUGGGUGUUGAGGAAUAACAGAAGGACAAGUUAAAGAAAAUCAAAUUUUUGGACAGACUAUUUGGUUUCUAUAACUUCGUACAUAUAGUAUUUAAUUAGGUGUCCAAAUACUGUGUUCUGGCAGGUGGAAAAACUCUGAAUUUCAGAGUCAUAAGGAAUAAAGAGUGGAAUAUAAUUCCAGACACAUAAACAAGAAAUGAUCUCGAGCCCGACCUUAAAUUACACGUUCUCCAUUCAGACCAAGAGCCAACCAACAGGGAAUUCUUAGAAGAGAUUAGCUGACAGUGUGCGUUUAGAAUAAAGCCAUAAUAGAUGCUGUAUUAAAUUACGCAAAAUUGAUUGUACAGAGCAAAGCAAAUCAGCUAGGCUUUCUCUCUGUCUUAGAAUUUCUAAUUUUGCUCUUAAAACAGCCUCAAGGAUCAUCAAUUAGAUAUUCUUACAUCAGAUGUUUUACAUGAUUCAGAUUCUUUGAUUAGAAAUUCCUAUUCAACUUUAUAUUAUUAAUCUUCAAGGAGAAAAAAAAAUCAAGUUAAGUUUCUACUCCAUGAUCACUAUUUUAGAUAUUUCCUUAAAAGACAAAAAAAAAAAGAAAAAAGAAAAAGAAAAAGUAGUUUAGAAAAAUGAACAUAACCAUUUUUACUUAUCAAAAUAGAUGUUUUCUUUUAAGUAGUUUAAAUUCUUGAAAAUGAACUUUAAAUUUUUUAUGAUUGGUGUAAGAGAACUUUUAGAGGAAAAUGGGAGGUCAAAUUUCACAGUAAGAGCUGGGUGCUAUCUUUUAGACAAUUUGACCGACAUUUCUCCCACUGGAACCAAAAAAAGUCAACUUUUACAUAUUAUCUAAGACGGCAAAUGUCUUUUCUAGAUGUACUCUGUAGCAUGCCCUCUGCCAGACAAGUUCGCCCUUACUCUUCCAAAAGUGACAUGCUGUGCCGUGGGCAUUGAGGGCAGGGUGGUGUAAUGACCGGGGCAAAUGUUAGGGCUUCUGUGGUUCACUGCAGUUUCUCCCCGUUCCCUAAGCGUGACAGUGUUCUGAGGUGCUGUUUGGGUUAGGGCAGCAUUAUUCACUGAACAUUCCCGCCCAUGCGGAAAUGCGUGCGUGGCCCCAAAUGAUCAGUGCAUGCACAUCCAAGUUGGCACACACAGAGUGUUCUAAGAGUAAGCUGCAGGCUUGGUUUUGUAAAUGUAACUAAUGGACACAUUCUUGCCCUUUCAGUUGUUGUUUUAGAAAGAGCUUGUAUGAGGAGGCAGAAUGAAACAGCAUUGUGAACGGUGGACUCGAUGCCCGUGCAG